CAUGUUGUACGGUGGCGUCCCGUGUUGUGGCGUCAUUACAUCGUGUUGUACGGCGUUCUGUGGCAGUGCGGCAUUUCGUGUAGCAUCAGUGUUGUGCGGCGGCGUCUUGUCUGUCAGUGAGGCGCGGUUUUAUGCGGCGGUGUUCAAGUCUUCAGGUGUUCUAGUGGCAAUAUCUCAUUGCGGCGUCGUCCCGUCGAUGCUGCGACGUUACGUUGCAGUGGCAUCCGGCGUAUACAGUGGCAUCCCAUCGCGGCGUUCCUAUAUCGUGGCGGCAUCCGGCACUUCAAGUGGCAACUUCUUUUGUGGCGGCGUCCCGUCGAUACUGUGGCAAUCCCAUAUUGCGACAGCAUUCGGCGCAUAUAGCGGUAACUUCGUGUUACGACGGCGUCCCGGUAGUGUGGCGGCAAUCCUAUAUUGUGGCGGCGUUCCAGCACUUGUCUUUACGUUUCACGGUGCUGCGGCGACCUCUUGUCCCGGCAGCAUCCGGAGCUUCUUGCGGCAUCUUCAUGGUGUUAUAGCGUCCUCGUGCUACGGUGUUCCGGCG